AUUAAAAUUAUUUUGCCUUUUUGUUUUUUUUUAAUUUAACAUCAAUAAUGACGGGUUGUGAAACUGUUAGAAGCGCAGCCGAGGAAUCGCCGACGCGCACAGAUGCAUCCAGCUGGCACCGUUGGUGCCGACUCUGCGCCAAAGACCAUCCAGACAAUGUAAAUGUGUAUUUCCGAAACGGUGAUCAAACUUGGACGAGCGUUCUGGCCGUGGCCAUUGGUAAAUACUUCUGGGUCAAUAUCAAAAUGGAGGACGAACUGAGUAAUGCCUUGUGUAAGGAAUGCUACACGCUGGUGGAGGAUCUAAACGAAUUCUCCGACCGAGUCAGUCGGGUUCAAACACUUUUUAGCCGACUGCAGCAGGCUGGAUCCCAGGUCAACUUAGACUAUGACGAAUUGCGUAAGGAAUGUGGCUUGCAACCAGAUGAAUGGAAACACAUUGUUUCGAAGGAUGCGACCUUGGAGGGUGCAAUUGAAAAGUCCAACGCGGAUGCGGUUGAAUACAUUGUCGAUGAAAUGGUCGAGGCAAUUGAUGAGGCUGCUGAACUGGCCGAAAUCGAUGAAUCGCCAUUUGUAGAUCAUGAUGAGGAAAACGCCUACGAGUCAAACGCCGAAAACGAAGAGACGACUGAGCCGGCAUACGUUGAGCAAGAUGUUACGGACAAGGAGUACUUUGAACCAGAAUCAACCACGAUUAAUACGUACGUUGAACAGGAAGCACCAAGCGAAGAUACAGAGGUCGUUUCGGAGCCAAAUCCUAAUAUAGACGACGCUGAAACUGAUCCACAAACUGCAGCGACACCUACAAAUGAUGAAGAUAUACAAAAGGAUGUCGGAGCAACCGAUGAACUCAGAAAGAUUCCGAUGGCAGAGCACGAAGAUGUCGAUGAUGGACACAAUCAAUACAAAUGCACGUCGUGUAGCAAAGGCUAUAAGAAUCAAUUGGCCUAUAAACGACAUAUGGCCGUGUUUCAUGGCCUGGUGCCCACGGAUAAACACAAUCUGGAAUGCAAACGCUGUCAUACCUUCUUUGCGACAGAGAUUCAGUUAACUGCCCAUUAUCGUACCCAUUUGCAUGCCAAGGACAAGACGGAGAAUAGUUGUAGCUACUGUCCAAAGUCUUUUACAACAGCCGGAGCUCUCAAGCGGCACGUCUCGUCCAUACACGAGAAUAUAAAGCCGUAUAUCUGUGACUGCUGCGGAAAAGCCAUGAAAACAAUCACGGCCCUCAACGAGCACAAGCUGGUUCAUACCGAUGAGUGUCCGUUCGAGUGUCCGAUCUGUUUUAGAAGUUUCAAAAACAAGGCUAGGCUAAAGAUACACUCGGACACGCACACAAAUAACGAUUACAAGUGCAACGUUUGCGGCUUAAAGCUCAAUACACGUCGCACUCUUAACAUGCACAAGUUAGUCCACACGGAUGCCAAACAGUACAAAUGUGAUGUCUGCGGUGCUGCUUUUAAGCGUGGCAAGACUUUGAAGGCACAUCUGAUACUCCAUACGGGCAUACGGCCGUACAAGUGCAAUUUUUGUGGCAAGGACUUUUCAAAUGGCUCCAAUUGCCGCAUGCACAAGCGUAAAACGCAUCCCAAGGAGCUUGCCGAGGAAGAGGCACGUGGUGUUAUACGCUCCACUCUGCUGCCAAUGAUCACGGAACUGACUGAAGCUUCCAAGCGUGUCAAGAAACCAGCGAAAGCAGGCACGGCAGUCAUGCGUGUAAGGGUCACGGAGGAGACCACAGACCCAACAAAUGACAUCAUAUCCGGAGAUGAGUUGGAGGCGGCAGCUGAUGAUGAGGUUCUUUACGAGAUUGUGGAGGAGUGCACCUAAAUGGCACACACUCC